CAAAGUUGCCGUAUAAAAGGCCUUGCCGAAUUUAAGCAUGACAUCUACUUGUCUGGUGCGUGGCGAGGCACAUUUCCAUAGCACAUCAAACAUCCUUCAGCACGCCUUGGAUCAUGCAUUUUACGCAGGUUUUAAUUUCUCUAAGUGUAUUAAUUGCAUGCGGUCCAGUGGGUCAGGGAGACAUAACGGCGCACCAGGAGCCCUCCACCGCCACGGAGGAAAGCGAGCAAUGCUCCACAUGUGAGUUCAGGCAACACAGCAAGCUGUUGAGACUGCAUGCCAUCAAGUCACAAAUCCUCAGCAAACUUCGACUUAAGCAGGCACCAAACAUCAGCCGGGACGUGGUCAAACAGCUGUUACCCAAAGCGCCGCCUUUGCAACAACUUCUGGACCAGUACGGUGUGCUGGGGGAUGAAAGUAAGGAUGGAGCUAUGGAAGAAGAUGAUGAACAAGCCACCACAGAGACCGUCAUGACCAUGGCCGCAGAGCCUGACCCCAUCGUUCAAGUAGAUCACAAGCCGAAGUGUUGUUUCUUCUCGUUUAACCCGAAGAUCCAGGCGAGUCGGAUCGUGCGGGCGCAGCUCUGGGUUCAUCUGCGACCCGCGGAGGAGGCGACCACCGUCUUCUUACAGAUAUCACGGCUGAUGCCCGUGACGGACGGAGGCAGACACGUACGAAUACGAUCUCUGAAGAUCGACGUGAAGGCUGGUGUCACGUCCUGGCAGAGUAUAGACGUGAAGCAGGUGCUCACCGUCUGGUUACGACAACCGGAGACCAACUGGGGGAUUGAGAUAAACGCGUACGACGCGAAGGGAAACGACCUGGCCGUCACGCACGCGAAGGCUGGAGAAGAUGGACUGCUCCCCUUUAUGGAGGUGAAAAUCUCAGAGGGCCCUAAGCGAAUCCGCAGGGACUCCGGACUGGACUGCGACGAGAAUUCGUCCGAGUCUCGAUGCUGCAGGUACCCUCUCACCGUGGACUUUGAGGACUUCGGCUGGGACUGGAUUAUCGCUCCCAAACGCUACAAGGCCAAUUACUGUUCGGGAGAAUGCGACUACAUGCACCUGCAGAAGUAUCCCCACACCCAUCUCGUGAACAAGGCCAACCCGCGAGGCACCGCCGGACCCUGCUGUACCCCCACCAAGAUGUCUCCCAUCAACAUGCUUUACUUCAACGGCAAGGAACAGAUUAUCUACGGCAAGAUUCCCUCCAUGGUAGUGGACCGGUGCGGCUGCUCGUGAACCGGUGCCCGGACGGGACUCGAUCUGCCUCAAAGACCCGGACAUCCGAUCACACCACCCGCCAUCCAAUAUCAGUGCUUUCACUGUGCAAUAGAAGGACGCUCACUCACUUUCUGGGCACUGCUACAUUUUUAUCCCUCUAUAUCAGUAUCUCUUCCACCACAGGAGUCGAACGGACGUAUAAAAAAAGGAAUGCCGUACUGACUAGGCUUGGGAAUGGACACAUUCUUUGAACAACCUCUGCUUUAUAUCAUGUUACUGUUUUCUCCUUUCUUUAGUGCAUAAAGGAUUCAUCGCAUUCAUUUAGAUCUUUGCUGUUACAGCUGUGUUACACUACCGGUGAGCUUGUUUAAGAGACGACUAUCCAAGUGAAACAGAGAGGGGAACUCAAGGACACUGAAGAGAAGAUGUCUGAAAAGCUUGGUAAUCCACGUACGUCGCAAUAAAUGCAAAAACACACGAUCCGAUCGAAUUGUUAAUUGUAGCUUCUCGAGCAGCCCUACACACUUGAAGUAUUAUCGAAAUCGACAUCGGUGGACAUAAGGACUUGAAGCAGAGGCACUUUGAAUGCAGCCUACACAUUGAAAUGUGUUAAAGACAGAGAUAUCGGAACUAUGGGAACGAAUGAAUGAAUGUUAAUAUCACGCAAACACUCUGUCUUCAAACCACACAGUUUGCACUAUGGCAGACCAAUAGAAAGAAUUGGUUGCUAAAAAUGUUGUAAAAACUGAUUUUGAUAUGUUUGCUAAUUGUAUUGUAUACUUGCCAUUGUUUCCAUUAACAGUUGCCUUUUUUAACCACGGUUAGUACAUGUAUAAGAACACGAAAUAGCAAAAAAGUGUACGAUAUAAAUCUAUGUAUCUGUUCAAACAAAUAAAGGUGCUUGCUAUA